UAUAAUUUAUCCAGAGGACGAUGCUUUAGUUGUAUACGAUUAAAAAUGAAGACAACAUUAUAUUUCCUGCUAGUUUUUUGAAUCUACAGUGAACAAAAGGUAAGUGUGUUUAACACGUGCUGACGUGACGGAUUGUGGAGGCAUUGCACUUCACAGGAAUACUUCCGAAAUGGAACAGACAUCAGUGAUGCAUACAGAUGCAGCUCUUCAAUAACACCAGAUGAACAAAGCAACCCAGCUAAACAGAGAUUUUAAAAUAGAUGAGCAGUGAUGAAUCCUUCACUCCAUCAGGGUCUAAAUUGCAUGAAUGCCAUGGAGAAAAGAAGCGUGGACAUCAAGAAAGAGGACUGUGAAUGGGACAGAUCCAGUGUAAAGGAGGAGGAUUGUGAAUAUGUGGUAAUAAAGAUUCAAGAAUACCCUAAACUAACGUCUGAUAGCGAUGGCACAGAGAGAAAUGAAAUUGUAGAUGGUAUCAAGGAAGAAAAAAUUAAAUCGGAGAUUGCAUCUUGGCAUUUAUGUACACAUGUAGAUGAAUCUGGAUUGGGCAUUAAACCAAGCAGACAGAUCCCCCAACAAAAUGAUCCUGUCCAUGUGAAGGUGGAAUCUUUAGAGUGUGACAUAAAGAGGCCUGAGAAAACAUCCUGUCUGAGUCACACUGGGAAAGAUACAGAAGAGAGUGCCACCAUCUCUUUGCCUUCAUUUUGCCAGUACAGAUCUCAGCAGACUGAAAAUAUGAAGAGAAUAACAUCUGACUCAGAUGUUUUUGUACCAUCCAUUUUGCAUUGCAGUUCUCUUCCUGUUGUGAGAAACAUAAUGAAUACUCAACAUCUGGUGGAAAAUACACAUUCAUUGGUUUUAAAUGGCUGUCAAGAGUGGGAAGAACCUCUUAACCAUAAAUCUAAACACAGAUGUAAAAGGAGUGCAGUGACACAAAGGACAUAUUGCUGUUCUCACUGCGGCAAAAAUUUUUCCACUAGCAGCAAAUUUAAGAAACACACAAGAAUUCACACUGGACAGAAACCAUAUUGCUGUACUGACUGUGGCAAGCAGUUCUACACCAGCGGCAAUCUUCUGGUUCAUUCAAGGGUUCACACUGGAGAGAAACCAUACUGCUGUUCUGAAUGUGGUAAAGGAUUCUCCACAAAUGCACAUCUGAAGAUCCACACAAGAAUUCAUACUGGAGAGAAACCCUAUUGCUGUUCUGAAUGUGGAAGAGGAUUCUCCACAGCUACCCAGCUUCAGAUCCACACAAGAGUUCACACUGGAGAGAAGCCAUUUUGCUGCUCUGACUGUGGCAAGCAAUUCUCUACCAGUGGCAGUCUUCAGUACCACAGAAGAGUGCACACCGGAGAGAAACCAUAUUCCUGUGCUGAAUGUGGAAAACAAUUCUCCACCAGCAGCAGUCUUCACAAACACACAAGAAUUCACAGUGGAGAGAAGCCAUAUAGCUGUUCUUACUGUGGCAAACAAUUCUCUAAUAGUUCAAACCUUCAGUUCCACAAAAGAGUUCACACAGGAGAGAAGCCAUAUUGCUGUUCUAAAUGUGAUAAACGAUUCACCAACAACCGCAGUCUUCAAAACCAUGCAAAAAUUCACACUGAAGACAAGUGAGAACAUUUGGACUCAAUAAGCAUUCAAGAGCAACUAGACAGCUAGUGAGGACAUCAGUGUUAAUGAAGAAUGUGUCAUUAGAGACUUAAAUCCAGAAAAAAAAUGUAAAAUCCUGGAAAAAAAAUGAAGGUUCAGACAUGAACCACAAGGCACUAUAAAGCAGUACAUCAGCAAAGAAUACAUCUGGUGGCAAAGAUGAACCUCAGGGAUUCCAUUACAGUGCGCAAUAAAAUUCAGGACAUAAAUGAACUGGCCAUUCCCAUCUUGUCAUACAGCUUUGGUAUUAUAGGCUGUUGGGCAUAAAAACACUACACACAUGCCAAGUAGUCUCUGAGAAUUAAUGCAUUCUAACACAGUGCAUUCAUAGAUCCAAAUGAUGCAUGGGCCUGAUUGAAACUGACUACAUGGACAGAGCAGUGGCCUGCAGGUGUACCUGACGUAUUUGUUAAAACCAACAUGUACGGAACACAUUUAAACACAAAGCAAAAUAUAUCUCUAUAUAUUCAUAGGUCUGAAUUGCAAUCUGAUUAUCUGGGUGGUUACCUACCAGGUAAUGCUUGUGGUUGGACGGCCAGUUGGCAAACAUCCACCAUGUCCACUCAGUUGUGAGAAUCCGAUCAUACAUGUGUUAUACAGUACCUGCCAAAUAAUACAAAGAGUACACAACACAUGUUUUACCCUAAUUGGGGCUCAUCAGGUGUGCAUACUUUUUGCAUCCCCUUACCGGGAUCAAAUUUUGAACGUAAGCACCUGAGGCCAAGCCUCCGCCACGGUGGCAGGUUUUCUUACUUGACAGGGUGAAGAUCAGAGCAUUACAUUCGUAGGUCUGAAUUGCAGUCUGAUUAUUUAGGUGGUUACCUAGCAGGUAAUGCUUAUGGUUGGUUGGCCAGUCGGCAGACAUCUCAGUUGUGAGAAGCAGAUCAUAGAUAUGUUAUAUGGUACCUGCCGAAUAAUACAAAGAGUACACAACUCCAAUCUUCACCCUGUCAAGUAAGUGAACCAGCCGCCUUGGCACAACAUAAGGGGAUGCAAAAAGUGUGUACACCUGAUAAGACUCAAUUACAGCGUGUACUCUUUGUAUUACACUAAUCCCUCCUCCAUCGCGGGGGUUGCGUUCCAGAGCCACCUGCGAAAUAAGAAAAUCUGCGAAGUAGAAACCAUAUGUUUAUAUGGUUAUUUUUAUAUUGUCAUGCUUGGGUCACAGAUUUGCGCAG